CAAUUUUGUAAAAUUUUAUUCAAUUCCUCUCUCCUCUCACAUUUCUCUCAGACCUCGCCGUGGAGAUGGGUUUUGUAACUGUGAUUGUGAAUGGGUAUGGAGAUGGUGGCAUUUUCUCUUUCUAAACACUCUCUCUGUAACUUUCUUCACAGCUAGUUUUUCGUUUCCUUUACUUCAAAACCAAAAGCAGUGCUGAGAAAGAGAGGGGGACCCGAGAUGAAGAAGGUUACGGCGUCGACGCCAAACGGAUCUGCAGCCAUGGAAUCCGACGAGGGAACGAAGUCCUCCUCCAUCGAUUUCGGUACGGCGGAGGCGAUGGACCACAUUCGGACACUCACCGAUGUCGGAGCCAUGACCCGACUCCUCCACGAGUGCAUAGCGUACCAGCGCUCGUUGGACCUCGACCUUGACAACCUCCUCUCGCAGCGCUCAGAUUUGGACAAGCAACUCCUCCACCUCCAGAAAUCUUCGGAGGUACUCGAUAUAGUCUCUGCCGACUCGGAGUACAUGCUCUCCAACGUGUCCUCCACGUCCAAGCUGGCUGAUCAGGUGAGCCGGAAGGUUCGAGAACUUGACCUCGCACAGUCGCGCGUGAACUCCACCCUCCACCGCAUCGACGCCAUUGUUGAGCGAUCCAAUUGCAUCGACGGAGUCAACAAGGCUCUCGAUUCCGAAGACUUCGAGUCUGCCGCAAACUACGUUCAGACCUUUUUCCAGAUCGAUGCCAAGUACAAGGACUCUGGAUCUCAUCAGAGGGACCAAAUGCUCUCAUUCAAGAAGCAAUUGGAAGGAAUUGUACGGAAGAAGCUCUCUGCAGCCGUGGAUCAACGUGACCACGCCGCGAUCUUGCGGUUUAUCCGGAUUUUCCCGCCGCUUGGAUUGGAGGAUGAGGGAUUACAGGUCUAUGUCGGUUACUUGAAGAAAGUGAUUGCAAUGAGAGCGAGAAUGGAGUUCGAGCACAUGGUGGAGUUGAUGGAACAAAAAGGAAACCAGACGAGCCAAGUGAAUUUCAUUUCGUGCUUGACGAAUCUGUUCAAGGAUAUAGUCUUGGCAAUUGAAGAGAACAGUGAGAUUCUGAGAGGUCUAUGUGGCGAGGAUGGGAUCGUUUAUGCGAUUUGCGAGCUUCAAGAAGAAUGUGACUCGCGAGGUUCAUUGAUCUUGAAGAAAUAUAUGGAAUUCAGGAAGUUAGGCCGGUUAUCAUCUGAGAUCAAUGCUCAGAACAAGAAUUUGCUUGCUGUGGGAGGAGGAUCCGAAGGUCCUGACCCGAGGGAGAUUGAAUCAUACUUGGAAGAAAUACUAUCGUUGAUGCAAUUGGGUGAGGAUUAUACGGAAUUCAUGGUGUCGAAGAUCAAAGCCUUGAGUUCAGUUGAUCCAGAGUUACUUCCGCGAGCCACAAAGGCGUUUCGGAGUGGAAGCUUUAGCAAAGUUGUGCAAGAGAUCACCGGGUUCUAUGUGGUUCUAGAAGGUUUCUUUAUGGUGGAGAAUGUGAGGAAGGCUAUAAGGAUUGACGAGGAGGUUCCAGAUAGCUUGACCACUUCAAUGGUAGAUGAUGUCUUUUAUGUUCUACAGAGUUGCUUGCGGAGGGCCAUUUUCACCUCCAAUAUCAGCUCUGUGGUUGCGGUGCUCAGUGGUGCUAGUAGUUUGUUGAGCAAUGAGUAUCAUGAAGCUUUGCAGCACAAGACCAGGGAGCCCAACCUUGGUGCCAAGCUGUUCUUGGCUGGUGUUGCGGUUCACAAGACUGGGACGGAGAUUGCCACUGCUUUGAAUAAUAUAGAUGUCAGUGGCGAGUAUGUUCUCAAGCUUAAACAUGAGAUUGAAGAGCAAUGUGCUGAGGUAUUCCCCGCACCAGCUGAUAGAGAAAAAGUGAAAUCUUGUUUGUCUGAAUUGAGUGAUAUGAGCAACACUUUCAAGCAAGCUCUAAAUGCUGGCAUGGAACAGCUUGUGGCAACUGUGACACCCCGAAUCCGUCCAGUGUUAGAUAAUGUAGCAACCAUCAGUUAUGAACUGUCAGAGGCUGAAUAUGCAGACAAUGAGGUGAAUGAUCCAUGGGUUCAGAGGCUUCUUCAUGCUGUUGAGACAAAUGUGGCAUGGCUUCAGCCACUAAUGACUGCUAGCAACUAUGACUCAUUUGUUCAUUUGGUCAUUGACUUCAUCGUUAAGAGGCUCGAAGUGAUCAUGAUGCAGAAAAGGUUCAGUCAACUUGGAGGCCUUCAGCUCGACAGAGAUGCAAGGGCAUUGGUAAGCCAUUUCUCAAGCAUGACUCAGAGGACUGUUAGGGAUAAGUUCGCUCGUAUUACUCAAAUGGCUACAAUCCUCAACUUGGAGAAGGUUUCUGAGAUUCUAGAUUUCUGGGGUGAGAACUCAGGACCUAUGACCUGGAGAUUAACCCCAGCCGAAGUUAGGCGAGUAUUGGGUCUCAGGGUUGAUUUUAAACCUGAAGCAAUUGCUGCUCUUAAGUUGUAGUUCCCAUUUGUCUAGUCCCCUCUCUCCCUUCAUAUUUUUUUAUUAUUGUUGUUAGUAUCAUUUUUCUUGGUCUUUGUUCAGCAGAAUGAAAUACUCACAGUAUCCUCAUGCUACAUUGCCUUGAGUUCAUUUGAACUUCAAGAAAUGUGAAAGCAUAAUUAUGCAGCAAAUAUGGGAAUUUUGCCUUUACAAUUUUUGUUGUUUUGGAAGUUAGAACAUUCUUGAUAUUGUCUCUUUACAUUCACAAUACUGAAAGUUAUUAUUGUUGUGAGUCA